AUGGAGCUUGUGGAAGUGAUGAGAGGUGAACGUAACCAAUUGGAGCAGAGAGUGAAAGAGCUAGAAGAUUGUCGUGCCACUUGUACCGAUUUGCAAGAGAGGGUCAGAUCACUGACUGAUGUGAUUGCUGCCAAAGACCAAGAGAUUGAGGACCUAAUGCAAGCACUUGAUGAUGAGGAGGUGCAAAUGCAAGGUCUCACUUUCAAGAUUAAGGAAUUGGAAAAGGUUGCGGAACAAAAGAACGUUGAUCUUGAGAACCUUGAAGCUUCUCGUGGGAAGGUUAUGAAAAAGCUUUCGGUCACUGUGAGUAAGUUUGAUGAGCUACAUCAUCUAUCUGCAAACCUCCUUGCCGAGGAGGAAAAGCUCCAAUCACAAUUGCAAGAUCAGGAUGCUGAGAUAUCUUUCUUAAGGCAAGAGGUCACUAGGUGCAACAAGAGAAAUUCAGAUGAGAUCCAUGAGUUAUUAACAUGGUUUGAUAUGAAUAUUGCUCGGGUGGUUGUGCACAAUGCAUAUCUUAUCGAGGUUUUGGAGAUUCCGGCAGAGGAACUAAAAAACAACUGGGCGGUAUCUGGGACCUCCAUUGCACCUCAAGUCCGCAGUUUGCGCAGAGGCAAGAUGGGCUCUUAG